GAUAUUGAGUAGUGAUCACUUGUUGGUGUAAGAUUCUGUUUAUACAGAAUUCCUUUUAUUCAUAUGGCACCUAGACUUGUGUCUGUAGCUGAAUUGCAUGGUCAUAUUGACAGAGUAUGGCAAAUAUCUUGGUCUCCAGUUGUUCUGGCAUUGAUAUCUGCAUCUGGAGAUAAAUCAAUUCGAGUUUGGAAACCUGCUUCAGAAUCAGAUAAAAGCAACUGGACUUGUUCAACUGUUGUUGAUGAUGCUCAUUCUCGCACUGUGCGUAGUGUCGCAUAUAAUCCUGAUGGUCGAGUAUUUGCUUCUGGCAGCUUUGAUGGAACAGUUGGUAUUUGGGAACGAGAUAACAGCAAAGAAAUGGAAUGCGUUGCAUCAUUGGAAGGGCAUGAAAACGAGGUCAAGUGUGUUGCAUGGUCAGCAUCAGGCGUACUGCUUGCUACUUGUAGUAGAGAUAAGAGCGUGUGGAUCUGGGAAGUUGUUGGAGAUGAUGAAUACGAAUGUAGCUGCGUAUUACAAGAGCAUACUCAGGAUAUUAAAGCUGUAAGAUGGCAUCCUUUUGAAGAGAUUCUGGCUAGUGCAUCAUACGACGAUACUGUCAAGAUUUGGAAAGAAGAGGACGCUGAUUGGUAUUGCUCUGAUACUCUUACUGGGCACACAUCAACAGUUUGGAACAUUGAUUUUAAUCAAUCGGGUGAUAUGAUAGCCUCGGUAUCGGAUGAUAAAUCCCUCAGGGUAUGGAAACAGGACCCAAUGACAAAAAAAUAUCAACCCUACAUUACAUCUUUGAAUCAUCACGAUCGAACCAUAUACUCUGUAUCGUGGUCAAAACAUCAUGGAUUGAUCGCCACAGCAUCGGGUGAUAACACCAUAUGUGUAUCAAGCAUACAGCCUAAAAACAAUAUCAACCAGGACAUGGAUCCAAAACAUCCAGACCUAUGUGAUGCAACAAUCGUCAAACUGACUACAUUGGUCAAUGCACAUGGGCUAAAUGAUAUUAAUAGCGUUGUUUGGUGUCCUAUCGAAGGAUUUCAAAACUAUUUGGCUUCAGCAGGUGAUGAUGGAAUCGUACGAAUUUGGGAGUACAUGGAUGCAUAGGGCAGAUCUUAUGAAUCGAUCAUUCAAACUACCAAUAAAAGCAAGAUAUCAUG